CCGCGCAGGCUUCCGUAGAGUCGCUCCAAACAUGGCCGCCUCCAUGUGCUAACGUGAGAGCAAGCAGCAAACCGAGCAUACGUAUGUAGCUGUAAAUAAUAUACAGAACAGAGACGCCUUCAUUUCUUUACCAAAAAAACCCAGAGAGAACAGAAAAGCAGCGUCCGCGUAGAGAGAAGGUGUCCCAGGUAAAAGUGUUUACCGACGGUGCACCUUUAUGCUGGUGCGUCUGUUCCCCCUCAUCAUCUCCCAUCACCUGCAUCCUUCCUGUCCUCGCUCUGUGAGGCGGACGCUUCGGUGGAGUGUCGGCAGUUUUGCUGCUGCCAGCAGGGGACUGAGAUCAAUGGACCCUGGAGCUCCCACCACCAACUCUUCGCCCACGCCCGCUGAAUUUUCAGCAGAAAGCACGAACCCGGCUGCCACCGACACGACAGGUGGUCAGGAGAAGACGCCUCCUGUAGGACUGUUGCCCGGAGAGACGGUGGUCAAGGAGGGGAAGGCAACCAUCUUGUUUCCCAGUGCCAAUGAGGUGUUUUACAACCCAGUACAGGAGUUUAACAGAGAUUUAACAUGUGCCGUGAUCACAGAGUUUGCCAGAGAUGUGCUGGCUCAGCGUGGAGUGAAGGUGGUCGUGCCUGGGGAAAAAGAGAAAGUGGUGGUCUCUCUGUCAGAGGAGACGAAUGAGGCCGACGUACAGACGGAGGAGAAAAACGGAUCGGAGGAGCCAGCUGUAACUGCGACAGUGGGGGAGAAGUGUGAGCGUGGGCUUCGAGUCCUGGAGGGCCUGGCAGCGUCUGGUCUGCGCUCGGUACGUUUUGCUCUGGAGGUCCCGGGUCUGCAGAGCGUCACUGCCAACGACUUCUCCACGAAGGCGGCAGCCCUGAUCGGCAGAAAUGCUCAGUACAACGGAGUGAGCCACGUCCUGCAGGCCAGCUGCAGGGACGCCAGCAUGCUGAUGUAUGAAAUGCGAGGGAAGAAGGACCGCUAUGACGUCAUUGAUCUGGACCCCUACGGUAGCCCCGCCUCUUUCCUGGAUGCUGCUGUACAGGCUGUCAGUGAAGGAGGGCUGCUGUGUAUAACGUGUACGGACAUGGCGGUGAUGGCAGGAAACAGUGGAGAGACCUGCUACAGCAAAUACGGCUCGGUUUCCAUCAAAGCCAAAUACUGUCAUGAGAUGGCUCUUCGUAUCAUCCUGCACAGCGUGGACCAGCGGGCAGGCGUGUACCAGCGAUACAUUCAGCCCCUGCUGUCCGUCAGCGUUGACUUUUACAUUCGGGUCUUUGUACGCGUCUUCACAGGACAAGCUAAAGUCAAAAACUCAGCCAGCAAACAGGCCCUGGUGUACAACUGUGUCGGCUGUGGCUCUUUCCACUUGCAGAGAAUGGGCAGGAGGACAACCAAUGGAAAACACAUGAAGUAUUCUGCUGCCACCGGACCUCCAGUUGGACCGGAGUGUGAGCACUGUGGACAGAGACAUCAGCUGGGUGGUCCUAUCUGGGCGGAACCCAUUCACGACUUGGAGUUUGUCCAGAAGGUUUUGUCUGGCGUGUCAGGGAACCCUUCCAGAUUUGGGACGUCCAAACGUAUCGAGGGCGUGCUCAGCAUGGUGACGGAGGAGCUGGAAGAUGCGCCUCUUUAUUACACUGUGGACAGUCUGAGCAGCACAGUACACUGUAAUACUCCACCCCUGCUCCAGUUUAGAUCGGCUCUCCUCCAUGCUGGUCACAGGGUUUCCCUCUCUCACGCCUGUAAGAACGCCAUCAAGACGGACGCUCCUCCUGCAACCAUUUGGGACAUCGUACGAUGCUGGGAGCAGGCCAAUCCUGUGAAGAGGGAGAAACUCUCACCGACUAGCCCUGCUUUCAAGAUCCUCUCCACCAAACCCAGCCUGGAGGCCUGUUUCACUGUGAGGGAAGACGCCAACCCUCAGUCCCGUAAACGUCAUCUGACCCGGUUCCAGGAGAAUCCUCAGGCCUUCUGGGGACCCAAAGCUCGUGCCAAAGUUGGUGGUGGCAUCUCCGCUGACCUGCAGGACAAGAGGAAGAAGUGUCAGAACAAGAGAAAGAACCAGCUCACAGACUCCUCGCAGCUCAAGAGUUUUCCGUGCAAGAAGUUCAAACAGGGAACAUGUACACAUGGAGACAAAUGCUGCUACUCCCAUGAUCCGGAGCAGCCAGAUGAAGAGAAGAUGGAAUGAGUUUACGUUGUUAUGUUCUGUUUUUAGUUUUCGAUAAUCUUAUUUCUGGGGUUGGAAUUGCCCGAUGCAGCCUGGAGUUAGUGAAAAAGUUAGAAUGAUGCGAUGUAAUCAGAUCGUAUUCUGUUGAGAACCGGAAAACUUGUAAAUGUACAAAAUGUUUUCAGUAUUCUUUUUUUUUCUUCAGUUUUUGAAAUCAACUGAAACUAUUGUCAACAUGUUACACACGAAUAAAGUUCUCGAUAUGAUUUAAAAUA